AUGAGGAAGCGGCAAGGAACCAAAAAGUCUCCAGAUGUGGCGCAGGGGAACCAGACGGAUUCCUCCAGCCUGUCUACUUUCGACCAGGAAAGCUUCUUCAAAGGCCUGCAGCAGGAAGGAGGUAACCUGCUGCACAGCACAGCCUUAGAGGACCGGAGUAAUGUCCAAGAGGAGGGACAGCUGGACAAGGAACCUGGACUGACAGGGGGUGCUGUUCCAGGCAGAAAGAGGAGAGCCGCUGCAGAAGGAGGCGAGGAGGAGAAGGAGGGGAGGCAGAAGAGGACCAAUGCUGGAGGGAAGGGGAGAAGAAGGCCGGCGGUGGGCGGGCAGCUGAUGGAGGGGGCGAGCCAAUCAGCAGCUAAGAAGGACUCUGAGCCGGACGGAGCCCAGAAGAAGCGCAGGAGGCCCCUAUCCUCUGACCAAGAUAACGAUGAAGACGGCGACUUGACCUCAGGUCCGAAGAAGACCAGAGGGCUUCCUUUGGGAACCAAGUCUGAACCAGACAGCGCGUCAUCCAGAGAGCCUAGAGAAUCCGACGGUGAAGACGGCGAACCCGCCGCCAAGGGGGGGUCCCAGCUGGAAGUGGUUCUGAGCGCCUUUGUGAAUUUCUGCCAGCAGUACCGGGAGACGGUGGAGUCGGCAGCCGUCAGAAAGUCCAUCGAUCGGUUCUCCAAAAACGUGGAGGUUAAGCUCCUGGAAAAGAUCUCGUGUCUGAAGGAGUUCAAGCCUCUGAAGAGAGAAAACACAAAGGUAACAGGAGAGUCACAGCGAUGGAUGGAAGCUGGCAGCCAGCUGCUCAGUCUCACAUAUGGAGCACAAUUUGAUCCAUCAUUUUCACAAGCAAAGAACACACCUGGAAAUGGACAUUUGGAGGGAAAAACAAUCCAGAAAUGCUGUUGUUUCUGUUACCUUCAAUCCAGAGCAGAGAAGGAGGCGUCUCUGCUGCAGAAGAAGAAGACGGAGCUCCAGCAGCGGCUAGCUGACCUUAGAAGAGGGCGAGCGUUUCUCCAGGACAUCAGAGGGCUCACCACGCAGUACCUGGCCUACCGCCGCAGGAAGCCCACUGAGAAGAAGACGUAUGGAGGAUCCAGUUUAGCAGCUCUGCUGCUGGAAACCAAGCUGACCCAGAGAGCCAGCAGACGUCGGAUGAGAGCUGCUCAGCAGGCCAGGAAAUAAUCAGCUCCUCCUUUACAUCAACGCAGCAUUUUACACAUCAAAACUCUGUAUUAUUUCUCAAUAAAUAAUUUUUU